GUAUGAGUCCUUUCUUUGCAUGUUUUUGCACAAUGGUCUUCAUAGAAGAAAAGGCGCGAUGUUUGGACUUUUCAGAAAAAACAAACUUGUCAAAAUAAGAAGUCUGAAUGAAACUACAAAACAUGGGGUGGCUGCAACAAGUCUGAAAGAGCUUCUCAAAAAGGGGAGUAAACUUCUACAGGUUCCACUCGUCGGUUCGCAUAUUUGCUUGUAUGAAGAUGGAACGGAAUUGUCAGAGGACUAUUUCCGAAGUCUUCCAGACAAUGCUGAACUUGUCCUUCUUGCCAUGGGUGAGAGAUGGAGCGGAUUUGUCUGUGACAUAAGUCGGUUGCUAGACACCGACAGGAACUCAGAUCUUCUGAUUGAUGCGGCUAAGGGGCUUCUCUCUGACGAGCGGUCUCCAAAGAGACGCAAACUCUUGGGGGAACUGCUGCUGCAUUUGAAGGACAGCUCUGAGACUGAAAACAGAGAAGAUGAUGAAGACUGGUUCCAAGGAAUUGAUGUCAGAUUUAAGACCAAAUCGGCCUACAUGAAGUACAACUGUGAGAGCAGGAUUCGUGGAUACAUGAAGGAGGUGGAUAGUUAUGCUCAAACAAUCCAAAAGCCUAAACUCAAGGCUGAAUACAAGAAGACUGCAGAGUCCUUGGUGAUGCAGCUGAAGUCUGACAAGUACAAUGGCUGCUACUUCAACAGGACAGAGAAGGAACUCAAUCGACUAUGCACCAAGGAUGGAUGGUUCUCCUGUCAGGGUGCAUUUGACCAGGAUGAAUGCAUUUCUCUCCACUCCAUAAACCCCUAUGGCAAUCGAGAGAGCAGGAUUCUCUUUAGCACCUGGAACUUGGACCACAGGAUUGAGAAGAAGAGGACGGUCAUUCCUGCCCUGGUGGAAGCACUGCAGAACCGCAAGAGCAGCAACAUAAACCUGGACUAUUUUUAUAAACUGCUGUUCACUCGGGAGAAUCUAAAGCUGGUGCAUAUUGUAUGCCACAAGAAAAGUGCCCAUGACUUGCUGUGUGAUAAAAGAAACAUGUACAAAUGGGGCAAACGAAAAGGAUUAUAAAGGGAAAAUGCUUUUUACAUUUCAGGGCAAAUGCCUUUUGUAGUGUUUGUUGGUGAUUCUUAAACAGAUAAAGUACAAGACUUAUAACUACUGGUAAAUUGAACUAAAUGUAAUUCUGGGCAGGGAACAUUGUUUUCUGCUGCUCUCAGAACAGCUGAUUUGUUGAUCAUUUUGUGCUAGUGAUAUUAAAAAGCACUCCAUUAUGAGCCACUGA